GGCUCCCUGCCUCUGCCCCCGCCCCUUGACAUCCCAGACUCCCUGGCUAUUUAAACAGAGAUGGGUGUCCCAUCGACACACUGUCCUUUGCCUACCGGACAUCAUGCCUCCCAAGAAGGAUGUUCCUGUGAAGAAGCCACUGGGACCCUCUACCUCAAAGCCUGCUGCCAAGCCAGUAGCAGGGGUUCUUCCAGCCAAGGCCAAGGCUGAAUCAGCUGCAUCUCUAGCCCCUGGAAAGCCCCAGGAGCCCCCUAUGGAUCUCUCCAAAGUAGUGAUCGAGUUUAACAAGGACCAGCUGGAGGAGUUCAAGGAGGCUUUUGAGCUGUUUGAUCGAGUAGGUGAUGGCAAGAUCCUGUACAGUCAGUGUGGGGACGUGAUGAGGGCCCUGGGUCAGAACCCCACCAACGCCGAGGUGCUCAAGGUCCUGGGGAACCCCAAGACUGAUGAACUGAAGUCCAGGCGUGUGGACUUUGAGACUUUCCUACCCAUGCUUCAGGCAGUGGCCAAGAACCGGGACCAAGGCACAUAUGAGGACUACUUGGAGGGCCUUCGGGUGUUUGACAAGGAGGGGAAUGGCAAAGUCAUGGGAGCAGAGCUCAGACACGUUCUCACCACCUUAGGAGAGAAGAUGACUGAGGAGGAGGUGGAGACUGUUCUGGCAGGGCAUGAGGACAGCAACGGCUGCAUCAACUAUGAGGCCUUCCUGAAGCACAUCCUAAGCGUCUGAGCUCUACAGAUUCCGAGGGGCCGGAUACUGUUCCCUUCUCCCCCGCAGGCGGAAGCACGUUCCUGCCACUAGGAGGCCACCUAAUUGUUUUAAAAUAAAAAAAAUGGUUCCUC